UCUACUUUGAAUUCACCGUGCUGUUUUGUUUAUAUUUGCAAUCAGAAAAAUUUACUGCCUCGUUUUUCUUCUAUAUUGUGUUUAUAAGGCAAUUAGCUACUAUAUAUCUAAUAUAACUUGAAAUGCAUUUGUUUCCAUCAUAUUGAAGUAUCAUUAAGUUCAGCAUAUAGUACAAUGGUAGAAAAUACAAAUGAAAACUCAAAUUCCGGUGAAAGCCACCGGCAGCGUCCCCAUAAAAUACCAGUUCCUACGAACUACCGAAGCGCAGCGAAAAUCCUUCGCCUAGUGGUUGAGGAGCGACGCAACGUCAAGACGCUGGUUCUUCAGGACAAGCAUCUCCGCAAGGGGAAGGGGCUUGCAAUUAUGGACCUAAUUCUGGUUAAUCUGAAGCAGAUUGAUGAUUUGAUUGCUAGAACGGAACUAACGCAAAAAGAACCAAAACUAAAUCCUUGGCUAGCGCGUGUUUUGAUUGCGGAACUUAUGUUCGGCCGGGGUGAACUGAAUGGGGAAUCGCUACCGGUGCAAUGUGUCCGUCGCUAUCAGGAAGCGUUAAAAGAUGCGCUCAGCAAAUCGGACGUUACACCGGCGAAGCAGCUUGACUUUAAAGAACCUCGUUAUGUCCGCAUCAAUACUAGCGUUUUAGCACAGCCAGGGGCCAUUCGAUUGCUGCAGGAAGAAGGAUGGGUGCUGGUAGAGGAGGAGUUCGAAAAGUACACCGAUUUUCUGGAAAGAGUUAAAAAUUUAGGCGAUUCGGAAUUCAUCAUUGACUUCCACUUCAAAGAGCUGUUAGUUUUCCCCCACAGUGCUAGAAACUAUUGGGGUCGUGCUACCGAAAUGAAACAGAAGUUUGUUCUUCAAAAUAAGGCUUGUCUCUUGCCAACCUACUUGCUUGGCCCACCCAAAAAAAGUGUGGUACUGGAUAUGUGCGCUGCUCCGGGAUUGAAGACAACUCAUCUGGCCAACCUGAUGAAGAACAAAGGGCGUAUCUACGCUGUUGAGCGAAAUGCUGAACGGUACAAAUUGCUGUGCGAAUAUUCAGCAGAGUUUGGUGUUAUAAAAACUAUCAAUGAAGACUGCUUGUUAGUCGCAGAUGAGCAAGCUCCGGGCGUGGAAUACAUUCUAAUAGAUCCCAGCUGUUCGGGGUCAGGUAUGGUUGAUCGUUUGAAGUUAAAUGAGGAAGUCGACAAACAGCGUCUCUACAAGCUGGGUGGAUUGCAGUAUAAACUGUUGUGUCACGCAAUGAAUGCUUUUCCAGCGGCCAAACGAAUCGUCUAUUCGACUUGUUCGAUAUACCCCGAAGAAAACGAGGAAAUUGUUUUGGGUGCUCUCAAACACAACGGGCACUUUCGGUUAGCGGAUGCAAAAGCUUUGUUCGACAAGGAAUGGCUGAAUUUUGGUUCAUCUGAUUACAGCGGCAUUGGCGAACGAUGUCUCUAUGCUCGGCCGGAAAUAGACUUAACCAUCGGAAUGUUUGUAGCCGUUUUCGAACGUUGUGCGGAGGAUGAGUACAACGAAGUUUACUUAGCUCAUGAAAAGCAAAAGGGAAGCUAUGAAAAGUUAUCUAAAAUGGGAAAUGCUGACUUUGGUCGCGGAAGGGGUAAGAAGAGAAGGCCUAAUCAAUAUGAUCAAGAAGCGGAGAUAGAGGAGCAUUCCGAAGGUGUCGAUGAAUUACCUAGUGCCAGUAAAAGUGCUUCGGCAGUCGCGAGUUCUUCAGAUCCAAAGAAAAAGAAAAGGAAUCAAUCGAUGAACGAUGAAAAUGAACAGGAAGAAAAUCUGGUAACGGAAAAAAAGAAACGAAAGACCAAAACGAUAUCAGAAGAAAAAAAUGAUGAAGAAACGUUCGAAGAACAAGAAUCUACAGCUGUUCUGAAGAAAAAGAAAAAAUCUAAAAAGGACGGAAAUGAACAGGAAGAAAAUCAAGCAAAGGACAAGAAAAACCGGAAGUCCAAAACGGUAGCAGAAGGAGAAAACGAUGAACAAACAUUUGAAGAACAAGAGUCUACGACUGUUCUGAAGAAAAAGAAGAAAUCGAAAAGCAACGAAAAUGAACAGGAAGAAAAUCAAGCAUUGAACAAGAAAAAACGGAAGUCCAAAACGGUGGCAGAAGAAAAAAAUGAUGAAGAAUCACUAAAAGAACAAGAAUUUUCAAAUGUUACUUCAAAGCAAGAUACUGCUGAAGAUUCGAAUGCAGUACUGGAAAAUGUCGGAGCAGAUGAGCACAAGAAGAAAAAGAAAAAAAAGAAGCAAAUAGAAGAAAAUUAUGAAACAACAGUAAAUGGGGACGCGAAACCUUUGGAGGCUUUCGACAAUGACGUCGGAACACACGCAAAGAAAAAGAAGAAAAAAGACAAAAAAGUUGAUGUUGAUUGAGUAUAUGUAUCAAUAAAACAUUUGAAAUUUUUGCAAUCAGUUGCCAAUUAUA